AAUAACAAAGUUAUGUGAAGAUUAAAUAAUUAAAAAUAAUAUCAUCUGUUUAAAUUAAAAGUAAAAAGUGUACUUAUCUAUAUUUUUGAGUUUUUAAAUAAAGAACGCAGUGUCUUAGUGAAAAUGGUAUUCGUUAUUUUAUUAGCGCUGGCCGUCUUUUGUUUUUUAAUUUAAAGUGAUUCGAAUAGAUCGGAAAAUUGGUCGAUAAGUUUUAAACCUCUUUAUCGAUUUAAUUUUACAUUUUAAAAUAAGAAUCAUGAGUGAGUUCCGUGUGACUUUGUGUUCUAAGUUUGAAAACAUGUGUUUGAAUGAAAUGUAAAAUAACUCAGAUUAUCCAAAAUGUGUGGGUUUAGGAUUUUGCAGUGUUUUAGUGAAUGAUUAUAAAAUAAACUUGGAGAAAAUAUAUUUUUAUAGUGAAAAUGUAUGGGAAUGCUCUACGUUGCCGGCGUCUGUCUUCUGCUCUUAUUGAACUCUCAUAAGCUUGCCGCAAGGAAAGCGCGCGUCACCAGCCGCUGGACGCGGCGGCCAUAAUGAAAGAGAAGAGCAAAAACGCGGCGCGGUCCCGGCGCGAGAAGGAGAACGCAGAGUUCUUAGAGCUGGCGAAGUUACUACCACUUCCAUCCGCCAUCACCAGCCAGCUGGACAAGGCCUCCGUCAUCCGGCUCACCACCAGCUACCUCAAGAUGCGGCAGGUCUUCCCGGACGGUCUAGGCGACGCGUGGGGCGCGGCGCCUCCCCCGCCGCAGCCGCGGGAGCUGUCUAUCAGGGAGCUGGGCUCACACCUACUGCAGACUCUCGACGGCUUCAUCUUCGUCGUGGCUCCUGACGGCAAGAUUAUGUACAUCAGUGAGACUGCUUCGGUGCACUUAGGGCUCAGUCAGGUGGAGCUGACUGGGAACUCCAUCUACGAGUACAUCCACCAGGCUGACCACGAGGAGAUGAACGCUGUGCUCAGUCUGCAGCAUCCACACUCCUACCUUGGACACCAGUACCCCUCACUGGGAUACCCAGUGGGUGGGUCGUGGGGACCAACUGUGGACAUCGAAUGUGAGCGAGCAUUCUUCAUCCGAAUGAAGUGUGUGCUGGCCAAGAGGAACGCUGGUCUCACCACAUCAGGGUAUAAGGUAAUCCACUGCUCGGGCUAUCUGCGCGCGCGCCGGUUCGGUGAAGGCUCGGCACCGCUGGGGCUGGUCGCGGUGGGACACUCCCUCCCCCCCUCCGCCGUCACCGAGCUCAAACUCCACUCCAACAUGUUCAUGUUCCGAGCAUCCCUGGACAUGAGGCUCAUAUUCCUCGACGCCAGGGUGGCCUCGCUGACGGGGUACGAGCCCCAGGACCUGAUAGAGAAGACCCUCUACCACUACAUCCACGGGACAGACGUUCUGCACAUGCGCUACUCACACUGUACAUUAUUAACUAAAGGUCAAGUCACAUCGCGUUACUACCGCUUCCUCACCAAGGCGGGCGGCUGGGUGUGGAUGCAGAGUUACGCGACCAUCGUGCACAACUCGCGCUCCUCGCGGCCACACUGCAUCGUCUCCGUCAACUACGUGUUAAGCGACAUAGAAGAAAAGCACCUAAUACUGAACGUAGACCAGGGUCCGCCCAAGCACGACGUGCCGGCACCAUCACACGUGACUCCACCACCACAACCAGUACGACACACUGAGAAGCUCAACCACAUCAUAAAUGAGAACGAAUUCAGCACAGACUCGAGCGGCGGUUACAACUACCCCGAGUACUCUCUACCAGUCAUACCGCCAGCCUACGAACCUGAGGAGUACAACCACAACGGGACCUACCAAGAACUGUUCUACAACGAGAACUAUCCCGAACAAGAAGUCCUCCCGAACAACUACGUCUAUCCCCAGAACCAACGGCCUUUCUCAGCUAGUUCUUCCUCGUGCAGUUCCGUGGAGAGUUCCGAAGUGAACCAGUAUAACAAUUAUACUAAUUUGAUAUCUUUUUAUGGGCAUAACGGGCAGCAGAAUGGGAGACCCAUUGAGAACUUUCAAGGAAGUUUCGGGAAAAUGACGCCGAGUCCUUCAGUACAGGAAGGUGGGUACACCAGUGUGAUUGUGGACAAUACGCAACAGUUCCAUCACCAUGGAGGGAGUGUUAAUGAGUUUGUGCAUUGAUAGGAGUCGUUAUACUAUUUGAGAGACUUAAUCUUUCACUAACACAGUUGGGUCGGCCAUUACAGACGGCGAUACGGCUCAUCACCUCGAUGAGUUAGUAUAGUUCAUCUUGCAAUGGGUGUACCUUUGACUACCCCAAUUGGGAGAGUCGUGGGUUUAUGUUAUGUUAUCUGGUAAAGCUUGGUGGUGACCAGAAAGUGGUGACUAUAAUGUUAUUUUCCAGAAAACUUUUACUUUGCCUUGUUCUCAGAUAAGUUAUAAACAGGAGUUGUUAAGCGCACGCUUUUUCUACCGAAGUUCAUGAUCGAUUCGUGUUUUACGAUGUGAUUGCCAACGUUUGGCCAUCAUGAAGUAAUCAUGCAUUUAGUUGCUCAUGUCGUUAAACGUUUUGUGUUCGUCGAUCUGGCCAAACUACAUCAUGAUGUGGCCAACGAUUGAUAUUGUAUUUCAUGAAAUAUGACCAUUUUAUGAAAUGAUCGAGCACAUCAUGAAAUGAUCAAUUCUAAGAUCUGGCCACGACAUAUACGUUACCUCCAAAAAGUGGCAGAAAAAAUAUAAAUAGUGUGAACCUAGCCCAAAAGUAUUUUUAUUUAUAUAUUUUUUCUGAAGUCUUGUGUGAAUUGCUUCUAGUACCUAUCUGUGAACUUUAUCAAAACGUUAGUUAAUAGAUGUAUGCAGUGUGCUUUUAAAACGUUUUUACAUCUACAUACAUACAUUCACGCCUACUUUCCAACGGGGUAAGCAGAGACUUAAUUUGCAUGAAUUAUUAUAUUUCAACUCCAUACGAAAAGUUGAUGGAAACAUCGUUUAAACAUUGAUAGAUAUUUUUCGCAACAAACCGCGACCGAUCAAGUUAUCAAUGUUUGUAAUGCAUAAAAUGUAAUAUUUAAUUGCAAUUGUAAAUAAUUUUGUAAAUAGAAAUAUAUUUUAACUUAUAUAACUUCCAAUAUAUUAUACAAUUAAUAUAAUUAUAAAUA